AUGCCUCAGUCGUUAGAGGAGGGCAGUGUACGUGUGUUAUUCUAACUGUGUAUCCAUAUCUCAGAGUCGUUAGAGGAGGGCAGUGUUUGUGACGUGUUGGCAGACCCCCCAGGGCCAGAGGAAGAUGACGAGGACAGGAGGGAGCUCUUUGAGUUUGAGUUCUCCGACCGACCCCUCCUCCCCUGCUACAACAUCCAGGUGUCCCUGUCACAGGGGUGAGUACACACAGACACCCACACACACACACACACACACACACAAAUCAUUCUGAUUGGAUAGAAGGAGUGAAAGAGGGAAGGAGGAGUACAGAAUAAGAGAGAGUGAGAUGAAAGUGACAGAUAAGAAACCAAGACCAUUUAUUCAACUCUUGUGUGUGUGAACACUUGUGGUCCCGUAUCUAACCCACACCACCCCCCCUCAGGUCCAGGAACUGGUUGCUCCUUUCAGAUGUUCUCCGGAAGCUGCGGAUGUCGGCCCGUUCCUUCCGCUCCUCCUUUCCCCACAUGAAGGUAGUGACGAUGGCCGAGGCAGAGUUUUACCGCCAGGCCUCCCUCUCCCAGCUCUUCUCCUGCCCAGACGAGCUGGAGGGCUUCCAGCCAGACAGCAAGGAGCUGCUGGAUCUGGUGGAGGGGAGUGCUGAGCUGGCCUCUCUGCUGGGAUCCACCCUGGAGUGCCUGGAUGACCGCUGGGACGAACCCCUGGAGGCUAACAUUAAUGCUAAGGCUAAUGUCAAUGGGAACAUUAGGGCUAUGGCUAAUGCUAAUGCUAAGACUAAUAACGCUAAGACUAAUGGUAACGCUAAUUUUAAAGCUAAGGCUAACGCUAACAGGAGGUUGUGA